GUGUGUACAAGAGGCCCAAUCAUAUAGCCAAUUGAAAUGAAACUGACAUAGAAAGCCUACCAGAAACAAAUCCCCAAAAAUCACAAAUGUUCGAUGGACCUCCGCUUCUGCUCGAUGGUGGGAUGGCACUCGGUAUCCCAGCUUCCAUCGCGGUACCGCCCCUGAUUAUCUCCCUAGUCGGUCAGAGGGGAGGCCUCUUUUCAUCUUGCUACAUCAAAAAACUUUACCACUCCACACAUAUUUUGUGACUUUCUCUAGAGUUACAAUGGAGCCUUCCGUAAGUACUCCAAGCAACCACACCCUUGAACGCAACUGGUGAUGGCUGUCCCUGGGAGGUCAGUGACAAGGCCAGACUGUGCCGCUUCCUCUGCUAUGGCUCGGAGGGAGACUUAUACACUGCCAGAGCGGAGGGCCAUGUCAGCAUGGAGAGCGCCGGAGCUCUGCUGUCCCUGCUGCAGCAGAGCCGAGGUGUCGAGGUGGUGGAGGAGAUAAAAAGGUUCACUCAGGAUGGGAGAGCUGUCCGACUCGGCCCCUCCUAUUUUGCCUUGGCUUUGUGCUCCCAGCACUCGGAGCUAAAGACCAGACAGGCAGCGUUUAAAGCCCUGAAGGAAGUUUGUCAGGACCCUGCCCACCUGUUUUCUUUCAUAAAUAACAAGAAGGAACUGAAAGAGGGGAUGAAGUGUGGUAUUUGGGGACGUGCCCUGAGGAGAGCAGUGUCUGAUUGGUACAAUGAGCAAGACGCCAUGAGUCUGGCUGUGGCUGUGACCAAGUGUAAACAGAGAGAGGGAUGGUCACACCAGGAUCUGCUUAGGCUCUCACACACUAAACCAGCUAAUGAAGCAAUUGCCUUGAUCUGCAAAUAUGUAACAAAAGGAUGGAAAGAAGUCCAGCUUGCUUACGCUGACAAAGAGAACUCAGACGAGGUUGUCAAAGUGCUUUCGUAUCUCGAAGUGGUGGAGAAGGUCAAGCACAGUUGUGAUGAAACAGAGGUCAUCAAUUUAAUAGAGGAACACAAACUGGAGAGGGAACAGCUGCUGACAGACCAUCUGAAGUCCAAACAGGUAUGGAGAGCUUUGUUAAAGGAAAUGCCUCUCCAUUCAGUGCUAAAGAUCUUGGGUAAGAUGACAUCAAAAAACAUUCUUGAACCAGGAAGUUCAGAAACACAAGCUGUGUGUGACAGAAUCCAGAGCACGACAGCCCUGGCGAAGGCGAAGAUCCACCCUUUCAACAUACUUUUGUUUUCUGAAAACUACAAAAGAGGCCAAGGCUAUCAGGGUAAAACAAAAUGGGAACCAGUCAGCAGCAUCCUCCAAGCAAUGGACUCUGCCUUUUACAAGAGUUUUAUGAAUGUGGAGCCUGUGGGUAAACGCAUCGUAGUGGCAGUAGACGUGAGUACAUCACUGAGCAGCAUUGUCCCAGGGACAUCGAUCAGCACUGCUGUCGCCGCUGCAGCUAUUGCCAUGAUUUUUGCAAGGACAGAGGCAGACACACAUGUGCUGGCCUACUCCGAAGGAGCUUUGGUUCCAUGCUCUGUCUGUGCUGACAUGACUCUCGCACAAGCAACAUUUGAGCUGGUUAAGAUCCCGGGUGGCAGCACAGACUGCACCCUUCCCAUCACAUGGGCCACAGAGAAUGGGAAAGCUGUAGAUGUGUUCAUCAUUCUGACCAACAACCCGCUGUGUACGUUCACUGCCAGCCCAGUGGAGUCUCUGAAGAAGCACAGACAAAAAUCCGGAGCCAAUUCCAAAUUGGUGGUGUGUGGGCUGACUUCCAUUGGACACGCCAUAGCAGACACAGAAGACAGGGGUUUACUGAGCAUCUGUGGCUUCGACCUUGGAGCUUUGACCGUUAUUCGUGACCUGGCCCAGGAUCUGAUCUGAUAAAAAAAUUGGGAUUGUCUCUAAAUCGUCUUAUUGGAGCACAAAAGGAAGCAUGUAGAGUGCCCUAAAAAUCCAAAAGAUAUUGGCAAUUACAAUUCCUAAUUCUCUUUUUGUCUUUUGUUGCUUACAAGUCAAUAGACAAAUUGUCCAGCGGGCUGGACAACACUCAGCAAAUUUUAUGUGCAUAUAUAUUUUUCAGAAAUUUGAAAAUGUAUUGAUAAGCUAUGAUGUGUCAUUGCAUGUCAUACCGUCAAGAGUGUAAGUGCAAACAGCGCUCUGUACGUCAAGUGCUGUGAUGGUUCUUGGUGAGACACUAACUCAUUGAACAAUGAAUUCCACUCAUUUAUAGCAAGAUGUAACAGUGUAAGAGUCAAAACGUUUGAGGCUUAGUGCAACUGUAGGUUUAUUUUAAGGUGAUUCACUACUGUCUCAGUAUGUAUGGUAUGAUUUGAGCAGAUUUGAUAUGUUUAAAUUUAAAAGCCUGUCCCUCCAUAUUAUGUAGCAUCAUUACAAAUAACUACUUGUGUACUGUAAAAGAAAGGAGUUGAAAACUAAAGCACCACAAGUUGAAAUGUAUUCUAUUGACUUAUUUGUUCAGAAAAUGUUUUUUUUUUUUUUUAAAGAAAGAUGUCUAGAAUUCAACACAACACAACUCUCGCCUGUAGUCUAGGUACAAUUUGUAGUUGUUAUAUUAACAUUUGUUUUCCCUUAAAGUGCUCAGAUUAUGCUUUUUGGCUUUUCCCCUCACCUUUAUUGUGUUAUGUAUCUUUUAAGUGCCUGUUAUAGGUUUACAAAGUGAAAAUGCCCAAAGUCCACCCCAAAGGGUCUUACCAUCUUCCAGAGAAAACACUGUUCACAAACUGCUUCAAACAGCUCUAUUGUAGUCCAGCUUUUACUUCUCUGUUAGUGCAUCACUUUGUAACACACGUUAUAAUGCUCAACAAUGUGCUAGCAUAGCAAGCCCUCAUACACUGGUUCUGACUGGCUAAUAGUCCUUACCUAGCUACUGCGCAUGUGCGAUUCCCAACAAAGAUGGAAUAGAAGUGUGAUGCCUCACUCUGUAGCUAAAGCAGAGAGCUCAACCACUUCAGAAAAUAUAAGUCUCUCUUAGUACCACCAUCGUAGCCCACAUUAAAAUAGAGUAGCAAACACUUACCCUACAAUAUUUAUUGUUUACAGCCAUAGCUACGCUGUAUUUCCUCUGUGCCGCUUCAACUGAAUCCAAAUUUGAGGCAACCCAGGUCGUAAUUUCUUAUCUUUUUUCAUAAUUUACUACUAGCAGGUGCUGUUGCUGAAGUAGCGACUAGCACUUGUGCUCGUCUACUAUACUUUUAGCAGGUCUACUCAAAAUAUUCUCCUCCUCAUCAUUCUGGUAGUUCCUGUUUUGAGCUGUGAUUGCAGUGUAUUUAAACCACUUAUGUAACAACUAUGUAGCAAGCUGAUAUUUAAAGAACAAAUAUUACACUUAAAUGCUUAUUUUUAAUUAUUUACAAAUGUUGUCAUGUCAACUUUAUUGUCAAUUUUGCAAUAUGUGCCGGACAUACAAAGCAAUUGAAAAUAGGUUUCUCUCCAACCCACGUACAACAAGUAUCAUGUAAAGAUAAAUAUAUUAUAUAUUAAUAUAUAUAUAUAUAUAUAUAUAUAUAUAUAUAUAUAUAUAUACAUAUAAGUUUUAAAAAGAUAAGUAAUAAAUACAAAUAAAAUUGUUAAAAAAGCAAUAUAAUUUAAAAAGGUAAUAUGUAUAAUACAGUAAUAUAUUCUAAAUAGUGCAAAUUAUUAUUGGAAAUGUAUUUCUAUGGUAUGUUUUUCAAAUUUAUAUAUUUCAUUUUUUUAAACAAUAUGAGAUUCCAUCCGUGUACCACUAGAGGGAGCUGGCAUACCACCAGUGGUACUGCUAUAAAGAAUACACUAGGUGCUGUUAAAUGUGAUGAUACAUUUUUGGAGGGGGGGGGGGGGGGUGUUAUAUGGGAUUUUCUUUUGUGACACAAUAAUGCCAAUGUUUGGGACUGUAAGUCAGUUUAAUGUAAAUUGGGGAAAUUUACUUAUUCCCAUAUUUUAUUAGGACUUCUAUGCUAAUCGUAUAGCUAUUUAACGUGGGUUUAACAGGACGGAAUCUGCCAGCACGGUAUUAUUUCUGUACUUUUGAUUCAAGAAUGUUCAUUAUGCAAAAACUAGUCUGUAACCACGAAGUUACACUUCCGGGAUUCCUCUGGUGCAAGAGAAAAUUUCACCGGAUGCAUGUCUUUUCGCCAAUGUCCGUUUCCCACCCCAUUCUUUUAAUUAUUUUUAAACUCCGGUGGAUCUAUGAGGACUAUGGUUACCUACUCAAAAGAUCUCUGCAGGGUAAAUCCAGACAGCUAGCUAGACUAUCCGUCCCCCCUGAGGUUUCUCUCGCAUGUGUAAAACAACUUUUGAACAUACAGUACACAUUCCACCAAUACAAAUUCCUUCCCGAGGCCUUUUUGCAGCGGCUCCGUGCGGCGUUUAGCGCCACCCAUGACAAUUGUGAUUGGUUUAAAGAAAUGCCAAUAAACCUGAGCAUGUUUUUCUUACAUCCCUGAAUGCUGUGUGGACUAGCCAGACCCUGCUCCGCAGCGCUUGUGAGGGAAGGUUUGGCAAAGCAAGACUAUGCAAAAACUAACAUAACUAUUACUUUCCUGGAAUAAAAUCAGUUCAAUGUAAUUUUGUAAAACAUGUCACUGUAGAGAUUUUAAAGUGCAAUGAUUUCUUCAAACAAAGACUAAACCCGCUGCUUACAGUGUUUUAGCGUUUGGGGCCAAACCGUUUUGGGAAAAUGCAAGCGGAAAACUACAGUGGUGCUUAUGUUUUAGUCAACAGUAAUUGUAAUUACUGACAACAUUCACAUAACUUGUUAAUUCAUUCAACUCAUUAAUUCACUCUAUAUAACGAGGAAUACAUACCUGACCAUGUUGCUGUGAAGGAUAUUUGUCCACAUGCUGAUACUGUCAUUUUCAAUGUUAAGACAAUGUCCACUUUUUGAUCAAAGGUAAAAAACCUAUUUAACUAAAAUAUUAGUAUUACCUGAUUGUUUGUAGUCUGACACAAGAGAUAAUUAUUAUGAUGUAUGGUAGUUUACAAGUGUUUUACCACCAUGGUUAACUUAUUUUCCUUCAUAUUGUCUGUUGCAUCCAUUGUGCUUAACAUGUAAGUACUUAUUAUAGUGGCAAUGUAAACCCCUAAUAAACACUUUGCUCCUCCUCAAA